AUGGAUCGUACGUUUUAUUUAUUUAACAAAGCUUUCGAACCGUAACCUACAACUACAUGAAAAAUAGGGAAAGAACUUCGAAGUUUCGAGAGAAUGCCCUUUGUCUGUAAGUUAGUUAGCCUACGGUGUAGACCCCAGCGUCGCUCCAACUGUCAAAGUUACUGUAGUUGACGUACUGUAUCAUCUACAAAGAUUCGCAGUUUAUCACGAGUGCAUGCAAGUAUUUUUUUAUUAGUGAUGAUCCAGCUUGCGAUAACAUAAAUAUGCAUGGAAUGGUGUUUCUUCAAAUACGUUUCUUCAAAUGGGAAUGGUGUUUCUUCAAAUACGUUUCUUAAAAUGGGAAUGGUGUUUCUUCAAAUACGUUUCUUCAAAUACGUUUCUUCAAAUACGUUUCUUCAAAUGGGAAUGGUGUUUCUUCAAAUACGUUUCUUCAAAUGGGAAUGGUGUUUCUUCAAAUUUUUAGUCUACUUUGUUUCCUACUUUCCAACCCGCAUCUUAAAGCAAACUUAAGGUUUGCACGUAAACUAAGGUUUUCGACAGCAGCUUGCCAUCAAUCUUGAUCCCUGGCAUUAGGUUACCAACUUUGGCACACGUUUAUUCUACUUCAUUACAAUCGCCAGUAACGGGAAAUGAUUUUUGCAACUUUGGCUUUCCUCCUAUUAUAUGUAUCGGAAAGUUUUAUCCCUAAAACUCGUCUCCCUAUAUUAUCACGUUACGUAUUUGACUAUUUGGAGCAAAGCUAUAAUUAUUUUGUGCAUUGUAUUCAUUGUGUUACGAUGAGUAGAAUAGGCCUUUUUUCUACGUUCUAAACGCAAAUACUGUGACAUUUCUUUCAGAGGGCAUAUUGGAAGACUUUGCAACUGAUGGAACAGAUAGAAAAGAUGUUUUCUUUUACCAGGUUAAGCGUAUUAUAUCAUUUUCUGCACAUGUAAAGUUUUCAACAAUGAAUUCAUGUUGAAAUUCGGAUCCCUGCAGAAAGCCUCUGAAAAUCGUUUUCCUCUGAAAUGAUAUUUCUAGGCAGAUGAUGAACAUUACAUUCCCAGAGCUGUUUUGCUUGAUCUCGAACCAAGGGUAAGUAUUGCAAGGGUCAUCCUAAGGGCUCCCAUUUCCCAAAAUGGGUAGUUCUAAAUGUAAAGUGGGUAGUUCUAAAUGUAAAGUGGGUAGUCUAAAUGUAAAAUGGGUAGUUCUAAAUGUAAAGUGGGUAGUUCUAAAUGUAAAGUGGGUAGUUCUAAAUGUAAAAUGGGUAGUUCUAAAUGUAAAAUGGGUAGUUCUAAAUGUAAAGUGGGUAGUUCUAAAUGUAAAAUGGGUAGUUCUAAAUGUAAAAUGGGUAGUUCUAAAUGUAAAGUGGGUAGUUCUAAAUGUAAAGUGGGUAGUUCUAAAUGUAAAAUGGGUAGUUCUAAAUGUAAAAUGGGUAGUUCUAAAUGUAAAAUGGGUAGUUCUAAAUGUAAAAUGGGUAGUUCUAAAUGUAAAAUGGGUAGUUCUAAAUGUAAAUGUGAGUUUUCAAGCUUAAAAUGAUAAUUUGUUAUAAAUAUAAUUAAGUGCGCAAAAACAAAAUGUCACUCUGAAAACGCAGGAAAUGGCAAUUCUGGACUUCUGAAAUUCAUCUUCCGGAGGAGCAUGCCCCAGGGCCCUCCAAGCUAACCAGGCCAUGAACUUGUCUCUCGUUACUGCCACACAGUUAGCUUGUGUUCAUUACCUAACCGUCUGUUCUUGUCGAAAUGAGCAGUUCUAAUUUUUUUCUUAGGAUGACCCCUGUAUUUUUGUAUUGCUAUAAAGUUGUGGCUUAUACCUCAGAUGUUUGCAAAAUAAAAUAUAAUACCAAGUAUACUAACAUGUAAGACCUUUCGUUAGCUAAGCUUUGGCAUCGAGGAUGUUUUCAUUAACAUAUUGCAUAUAGGUUAUUAUUAUAAAGUACACUGCGGUGGUGAAUGAAUAAAAUCAAUAUAAUUUCUUCGUGUCCGAAGACUCUCCCUGCUGUCCAUUACAAUUGUCUGAUGUUAAACAGAAUAAAAUUAUCCUGACGUCAGCGCAGUCCAAAGAGGGUUGAGUAAGAAAAUUAUCAGUGCUCUCAGAAUUCCUCUGCCAAUGUACUUUUUUACAAAAAUGUGCUUCAAAUAUAACAUUCAAUAAACCCUGCAUGUAAUAUUUAUUUCAGGUAAUAGACACAAUAAUGACAUCUCCCUACGCCAAUUUGUACAAUCCUGAAAAUAUAUUUACCUCAAAACAUGGUGGAGGUGCCGGAAAUAACUGGGGGAGUGGAUAUGCACAGGUAAAUAAAAGAAGAUCAUCGUAUGGCAGCUCAGGUUUCCUGUGCUCCUGUAGCCUGCUAUAGAGCCAGGCCAACACAUUACGAUUUUAAUCGGCCGAUUUAUGGUUUAGAUACGUGUUAAAACUAGAAACAGUCAGUGGUAUGUGGCUCUUUAUUCUUGCUCCUUUGCAUUGCCUUCGAGCACGUUAAAUAUACUUUAUGUGUAUAACAAAACGGCGUAACCUGCGUGCCAGGCAUUUGUCUGAUUCCUUGUAACUCUUAAGACUAUCACAAAGUUUUUGUGAUCACAGAAGGAAUUUUGCAUACUUUAGGUAAAUUCCAUAAGACAAGUGUUAAUCACCGAGUCAGUUCCCUCAAACAUUUCUUACAAAUAUUUCUCACAAAACUUGAAUGAUCUCAGAAACUUUGAUAGUGUAAACCAUCCUUUAUAGAAUUAUGCGACGUGUAUUUAAAUCUGUUUGACAUGUUUGUAGGCUGAACGACUACAUGAAGAGAUAUUUGACAUCAUCGAUAGAGAGGCUGAUGGCAGUGAUAGUCUGGAGGUAUUUUGAGGCAAAGCAGUGUUGCAGCAUACGCUGUUCAAAAUCAUUUCCUCUAAUCUUUAUUGUUUCGAAUUUAUUUUUCAAGGGUUUUGUGCUUUGUCAUUCCAUCGCUGGUGGAACAGGGUCUGGAAUGGGAUCGUAUAUGUUAGAGAAGUUAAAUGAUAGGUUUGUACUAACCUGAAUAUUAAUUAGGAAAAUCCACUAUUGGUUAUCUCAUUCUGGAACAAAUUGCAUUCACUAGAAGCUAUUAGCUUAUUUUGUGGCCUUGUCCGCCACUUUUGAUUGGCAACUGUACGGGGAAAGUACACGACAACAAGCGAAGGAGUGAAUUUAGAGAAGUUGAAACACAGUACUAUUGUUCACAACUCAUAAGUGCUAUUUACUUAACUAAAUCACUCCUUUCCAAUUUGUCAUUCGCUUUUGCUGCGCGAUUUGCCAUCUAAACAUGACGGGCAAGGCCUGGUCAGAUGGCGUGAUCUUACUGCAAACUACCGUAAAAUGUUGUGGUAGGAAAAUACAGUCGGGCUCAACACCUUAAUUAUUAUUAUCUUACGAUUCUUACCUAUUAUUAUUAUUAUUAACAUCUUAAUUACACGCACCUUAAUUACACGCACAGUAUUGCACUCACUGCUACACUCGCAAUAAAAAAAUUAAAUUAUAAUCACUAUGAUAAAUGUUUAAACAUCAUGGUUAUUUGGAAAACUUGUAUAACCAGGCCCAGGGAAGAAUAGUGGGCCUGCAAGCAAGACCCGGUAUUUUGUACUUUCCGCGUUCGCCCACGAAAGCAGCAUGCUGAUUGGCUGUUUGCUGUUGGAUUCUAUAAUUAGAUCAGUGAUUCAUCACAAAGGCUCUCGAUAAGCUUAUAAAAAUUGCAUCUGAUCACUUUUUCGAUUAAAAAUGGAACAAGAACAGACUGUUUAUUGUUUACUUGAAGGAAGAUAUGUUUUUGCCGUUAUGCCAACGGGGAUUGCUUGUCGUGAAGUGUUGGAAUAGCAACAUUACCACUGGGGUAAACUAUAGUAGGCCCCUAACCUUUACUUGAGUUUCAUUAAUUUCAAACAGACUUGAUACGUUAUAUGUCCCUCAAGAAAAUUAUCUUUUGGUUGAUGUUGACUCUGUUCUUGAACUGAAGAAAACAGCGCUUUUCGCGGUGAAGAUGUAGAGGCAGUUGCAUGUAAGCCUAUUCGAAACACUUUGCGAUUUCCAGGGCUUCGCUGAGAGAGCGAAACAGAAGACGGUAUAAAUUGCCGUUUGAAACGAAACGAUCUGGACUCUGAACGCUCUCUUCUUUUGCCGCUUCUUUACCGAAUGGGGCGUGUUAUGAAAAGGGGCAUUUUACAAAAUACCGGGUCUUGCUUGCAGGCCCACUAUUCUUCCCUGGGCCUGCACGCGGGCUAUGAAUUGUUUCAACAUGGUAAAUAUUUAAAAACUAUUCAAAGCCCAUUAUUGGAAACUUGCAUAGCAAUAAUAUUCGUUGUGGUUUGUGGAAACAUAUAUUUAUUAAUUAUCAUUGCAUUUGUAUUAUGUACUGUAUGUACAAGGACAUUAUACAAAGUUGCACUUUCUUUAAUAGAUAUUUUUAUUAAGGUUUCCCAAGAAAUUGAUCCAAACUUACUCAGUUUUUCCUCAACAGGUAAGUAUCUUAUAAACCCGACGACUUUUAAUCAAAUAAAAUAGGAUAGGAUAAGAUUGUUAUAAGUUUGAUUUAUUCAAUCUAAGAAAUUGUAGUAUAUUUUCAAAAUUAUUUUCGCGGAAAUUACUCCUUCAGUCUUGUUUUGUCAUAAAUGCGUACAACAACAUACUUGCGCAUUCUCAUCAGCUUUUGUUCUCAGUUCAACUGCACGCGGAAGAGAGAGAGUUAUGGAAAUAAAAUCUGCGAACGGUUGAGAUAUAAGGUUUAUGGAAGGGAUCGCUGUUGUCCCACAGGGGAGGUGGGUGGGCGCUCGACUCUCAAGCCAUAAUUUCUUGCUUCUGCCACGUUGUAGUUUUGAAUAAACGGAUUCAGUCUAGGACUCUUGCUAUAUUUCCAUCUAGUUUUCCCACGUAAUUAACUGCCCAUUAUUCAACAAUUUGGCCAAUCGGAGCUGUUUUUUGUCCUUCCCCUCUUCUGGUACGGCUUGUGAAUUUCUCCCCACUGAUGGGAAUAUAACGGACACAUGCAGCCAUCUGUGCAUAUUUUAGGAAGAUAUCAGCGACGUGGUUGUUCAACCAUACAAUUCGAUCUUAACACUGAAGAGGUUAACACAGAACGCAGAUUGUGUGGUACGUUUUGCACAAACAUUGAAACAAUUAUUAUUGGACACCUAAAUGCCUUAAAUAACAUCACUUUCUUACAAAAUCGUUAUAAUUAUUUUUAGGUAGUUUUAGAUAACACUGCUCUAAAUCGGAUUGCUUCAGACAGAUUACAUAUUCCUAAUCCUACGUUUUCACAAGUCAACCAAUUGGUAAGUCUCAAUAGACCUUUUUCGUAAUGACGUCAAACGCGGGAAAAUACUUCCCAAUGUCCCACGGGGCAAAUUUUAGCGACAGUUCGCAAUGCAAGUGAUGUUAUACGAAAUUUGAUUGGCUCGACAACGACUUGCAUUGCGAAUUCUCGCUAAAAUUUGCCCCGUGGGACAUCAGGUAAAUUGUUUUACCGCGUUUGACGUCAUUAGGAAAAGGGUCUAUUAGCCUUUCUGGCGUCAUGCGAUCAGGCCUUGUCCGCCAUUCUUGGGUGGAAUAGUAUAGUGCCUUUUCUUUACUAUGUCAUUUCCUAUGUAACUUGAAAGAUAUAGCUUCCAUUGAGUUUUAACCACUAGAUCUGACUCGUACCCAGUCCCUCAAAUGAGAAUUGAAAAAUAAUGGUGCAUGAUGGGAAUGGUCACAUGUGUACGAUAUGUACUCAUAAAUCACAAUUGACGACUGGGUACGAGUCAGCCACUAAAUAAUGACUUGUGGCAGACAUCUUGGUGUGACCUUACUUGUUAUUCACGAGCAAAUUUAAGGGGGAAGAGACACCACUGUUGAUAAAUUUCUAUUCAGACAAUGUUUGUCCUUUCCCACCUGAUAUAGGAGAAACUGUUAAUAUUAUAGCUCAGUGGGUUUACCAUCCAAAAAUGGCGGACAAGGCCUGGUCGCGUGGCGCGAAAAAGGCUAAUUGAUCACAUUAUUUUGCAUUACUAACUAGCAUUUUAUUCACUGAUAAUAACUUAUUUCCUAGGUUUCUACUAUCAUGGCAACAAGUACAACAACUUUACGAUAUCCAGGUUUGUACGUAUAUGCAGGCAGUAAAUUGUCUUAGGAUUAACGAAGAGAAACACUAUUUGUCGACCAAAAAUAUUUUUUUCAACAAAUCUGUGAUAUAUAAAUGAAUCAACUUUAAAAAGCUAAGGAAGAAAUUAAAGUUAUCUACUUUCAGUUUCGUAAUUUGAUGCUGCCAUUAACUCGCACUUAUACAACCAAAUCAUCAUGACAUGCAACUACAGAAGCUUAUAUAGAUUGUCUCACAUCAUUGUUUAUUCUAGGUUAUAUGAACAACGAUCUAAUUGGUUUAAUCGCAUCUCUUAUUCCAACACCCCGUUUGCACUUUUUGAUGACCGGCUACACUCCACUUACCACUGAUCAAAAGGUGAAACGAGCGUUGAAACGAUUCAUAUUUGUGUUUACCUCGUGAUAAUUGCAGGAUAAUAUGGGUAAAAAUUGAGUAAUGUAAGUAAAGAUUGUCACAUAGUAUUACAUAAUAAAAAAACAUAUGAAUUUCACUAUAGGUUUCCAGUGUGAGAAAAACAACAGUCUUGGAUGUCAUGCGAAGACUUCUUCAGGUUUGUUUACGAUGUAGUGUGUUAUAGUAUGGUAUGGUAUGGCUGUAAUAAUGGUAUGGUAUGGUAUAUCAGGUAUGGUAUGGUAUGGCAGGGUGCGAUAAUUCGCGUACUUACGUACCGGAGGUACGUAGGUACGCGAAACUCUUGCUAUCUACGUACUUACUUUUUGUUGGUACCACAUGACCUUUCCAAGCCCAAGGUAUUCAACACCGUAAUUUAGUUGGUAUAUCAUGUGUCUGAGAUGUCUUGGCAUGAAACAUGAUUGGACUGAUGGCACUAAGAAACGUUGGAGUCGAUUGUUUCUAUAUGCAAUUGUGCUUCUUUGUCUACCUCGUUGUCUGAACGUACUUUUCAGAAACGUGUACUUUAUGAACAUUAUUUUAAUGACUAAGUACACAUUGAAUACUCAGUUUGUGCAAGUACAUGGCAACAACCAUUGGCGUACCAGUCAGGUACGACUAAAAAUAUUGAAUUAUCGCACCCUGCGGUAUGGUAAGGUAGAGUAAGGUGUAGCAUCACGAUGUGCUUGCUAUGCUAAUUAAUCGUUAUUUCUUGUAUUUUCUUUUGUAACAGCCUAAAAACGUGAUGGUGUCAAGACUGAGGGACAAGAAAUUUCAACAUUGCUAUAUCUCUAUACUCAACAUCAUUCAAGGAGAAGUAGAUCCCACACAGGUAACGUUUAAAUAAUAGGUAUUGCUUGCGUUAGAAGUCAUUAGAGGGACGUUUCGCAGUUUUGCGUGAACUAUAUGUUCAUUUGCCAUUGUGAAUUAGUCAGGAUAGUUUUGACAAUACGAUUCUAUAUUUUUCAGGUUCAUAAAAGUCUUCAAAGAAUUCGUGAAAGAAAGUUAGCAGAAUUCAUUCCUUGGGGUCCUGCCAGUAUUCAAGUACGCGUGUGUUUACUUACUUACCAUGACCAUGUUCGUCAUUAACAUCCACGAUGCAGAAAGGCCUCCUUACCUUACGCGGAAAAGCCCGAAACACGCAAUUUUUUAUACUGGAUAGAGCUUUCAGUUCUAAAAUGUUCUCGCUAGAAAUCCAGUACAGGGCCCAAACUGCUGGUGUUUGGACGAGAUUUUUUGGACAUCUCGCUUGAUAGAAUAACGAUUGAUGAGUUUUUGUAGAUGAAAAUUUCGAGCGGAAUAUUACAUACAAUUUUAGACCUAACCAGGAGCGAGUCGUGAAAAUGCAGCUAUAGGCCCUUCGGCAGCUAAGAAUAGAACCUGCGAUUCCGCCUGCUCGCAGCCCCCACCCGAAAAUUUGAAACAGAAAACUUCCGGUUUUCCUUUGAACGAAAUUUUGGGCUGCGAACAGUGCAGUGCUCUAACCAACUGAGCCGCAGAGUUCAGUUGCUCUAACCACUAGUUCUUGGAUAAUAUAUAUAUAGUGGGUGAUGCCACUGUGAUGCCAGUAUAAAGGCCACUUUCCAUUGCAGUCGCUUUGCCCGCGCGGGCGGAGCGACCAAUUUUAAUCACGUGAAAAAUCAGUCGCCCGGGCACGCCAAGAAAGUUGAAUGUAGUUCUACUUUCAUGGCGUGUCCGCGAGCAUUCAGGCGGACAAAAAAUGCACAGGUUAGGCAACUACAGAGAAAGUUGAGUAGUAUUCGCUCCGCCCGCGCGGGCAAAGCGACUGCAAUGGAAAAUUGCCUUAAGGUAUGGGUCAAUUUCGUGAUUUUAUGGGCAUCUCGUUGGAUAGAACUAACCGUAUUUUUGUAGAUGGAAAUUUCGAAUUUAAGAUGAUAUGUAAUUUUAGAGCUAACCAGGGACAGUUUCGAAACUGCAACUAUAGUCCCUCUGGUACUGGAAUCGCACGGCCACAGCUUCAAUUGACCAUUUGCGUAAUAGACUAAAUUUUGAUCUAGACAAAAAUUUCAUCACAGCUUGAAAGAGCAUCACAAAAUUAGUAAUAUUCCAAAGUUUCGUUGCGCAAUGUUGUAAAAUGCGGAUAAUAUAGCCUUGCGAAGUUUCCAAUUUUCAGUCAUUUUAGAUUACAAAUGGGAAAUUGACAGCCCGAUACGCUUUGAGGCUGUCAAUUUCCCGUUUGUAAUCGAAAAUGACUGAAAACUGCAAACUUCGUAAGGCUAUAUUAUCCGCAUUUUACAACAUUUCGCAACAAAACUGCGGAAUAUUACUAAUUUUGUGAUGCUCUUUCAAGCUGUGAUGAAAUAUUUGUCUAGAUUUGUUGAGAUCAAAAUUUUGUCUAUUAUGCAAAUGCUCAAUUCCGGCCUAUAGUUGCAUUUUUCGCAACAGCUCCUGAUUAGGUCUAAAAUUGUACACAAUCUUCUGCUCGAAAUUUCCAUCUGCAAAAAUCUUUCAAUUAUGUUUGGAAGAGUCGAACUGGAAGCACAAUUCUAAUAUGCGACUGAGGUGCAAUUAGGGAUGUGCCUGGUACCGGAUUGUAGUCUACUGGAUUACUGGUAUACUACUGUCAUUAAAAAGAAAGUUGCAUAUUAGAGGAAUCGAACACCUGUUGCAGAGAUAAAAGUCACAUGAACCUCUGUGCUACCAAAACUCUUGGUGUACAACUCUCUUUUUACCGUAUUUGGACAGUUUUUGACAAUACUCUCAGUGGAUUGCAAAUUUGCAAUGACUUUUCCCUGGUUUUGCUAUAAGAAGUAACAUGGGUCUUGUUUGAAAUAUUUUUAGGUCGCUCUAUCUCGUAAGUCACCUUAUGUUCAAACAGCUCACCGUGUUAGUGGUCUAAUGAUGGCCAAUCAUACCAGUAUUUCAACUGUAAGUAUACAGGAGCGUUUGCUAGGAUGUGAUUGCUGAUCAUUUUUCGUUCAUGGAUCGGAUUGCAUUAUUUCAGAAUACUAAUUUGGAACCAGUUCCUUUCCGCUUUUUAUUCAUUUCCCAUGCACAUGUUUUAUUUUGUUUUGUGUCUCAAAUGUUGAAGUGCACAAAAUUCUAGUUGUGUUGGCCAAACAUACAGUCUGAUUUUAAGUCGCCGACUAAAAUCGCAUUUUUCCAUCUUCGAGAAUUGAAUCCAUCUGUGGUAUCUGAGUAUUGAAACCAGGCACAAUACUGCAGUGCGGUGCCAUAGAUAUAAUAUCUAUGUGCGGUGCCCUGGAGCAUGCACAAAAUAAGUGCACCACAAGCGCAAAGACGGACUAUUUUUGAAUAAAUUAUUAAAUAGCAAGGUUUGUGAUUCCGAACUAAAAAACUCAUGAAGCGAAUAUAAAGUGAUGCCUGACUUCGUUUGGGCACCGCAAUUAUUCUAAUUUGGAAUUCAAAUUUAAGAAAUUGAACAAAGAUGGCGAGCGUACUAUAUUUGGCCAUUUUUUUAUCGCAAUGGUACAAAACGGUGUAAUAUAUCUAUAUAGCUACUUGGAUUUUUGGUCAUCUACACUCGAUAACUAAUUUUGUAUAGAGGGGUUUUGUAGAUGGACUCACGAGUGUGAAUUUAAUUUAUACAAUUUUAUAAAAUUCCCACUCUCAAGCGCAUCUACAAAAACCCUUCGAUCUAUAUAACUAUAAUUUAUAUAUACUUGUAGGUAUUUGAAAAGAGUUGUCGUUUAUAUGACAAACUAAGAAAACGUGAAGCAUUCUUGGAGAACUAUCGUAAAGAACCCAUGUUUGAAGAUAACUUAGAUGAAAUGGAUAACUCAAGGUAUAGGCCAGACCGUCAUGGUUAUAUUUCGAAGCCUGAGCUAUUAAAAAUUUAAUCCAGACCGAAUUUUAUGAUUUUAAUUAUUUUCGUAUUUUAUGUGUUCUCAUCAAGUGUUAUAUCGAUUAAAAACGUCGGUUAAUGUGAUUCCUUGCAGUUAAUUCCAUCAGUUUUACCGCAGGCAACGUCGUAGCCAUGGCCUUUUCAGCUGGGGAAGCCAGGGCUUAAAAAAUAGGCGUAUGGACGUAUACGAUUGUACGCCGAAAUUAGCUUGGCGUGCGCCAAGAAUUUCAGACAAGUAUAAGAUCGCGUACACUUCCUAUGCAACAGAGCUGAACCGUUACCCCUUUUUGUUUGCCUUAAAAUCCUUCAGACAAUGAACAAACAUUCACCUCUAACCCUGAUCCUGAAAUAUCCAUUUUAUUUAUAGCAAUCAAGCAUGCAUGGAACAUUGAUCUAGAAACAUCGAGUUCACUGCCUGAAUCCCAGACAGCCAUCUUUGUUUACGUCGUUUAAAUCCAGAUUUCAAACGCAUUUUUAUACGAGAAUUGUUUACGAAAACUAGUAUACAAAAUCGUACGUCAACAUCCAUUAAACGGCGUACGACCUCAUACGGCAUUUCUGCAUGUAUUUGUUUAAACCCUGGAAGAACAUUAAUUGUUAAUAUUGUUACAAUUCUAUAAAGUUUAUCUUCGUUUCUAUUUUUUUCCUAGGGAAGUUGUACAACAGUUAAUUGAUGAAUAUCAAGCUGCCACGAAACCUGACUAUAUUUCUUGGGGAAUUAAGCAG